UGCCAAAGCCUGACAGGAGAUCCUCAUCCUGCUCAGACAGCCCAAGGACACAAUCCAAUGACACCAGGUUUACCAUCAACACAAAUGUUGGUAGAAAGACCAUUGCAUUAACCGGCAUGAAAGGUGCUAUACAAAUAAAGUUUGGUUGACAAUUUUGAUUGAAGAAGCAACAGAAGAAAGAAGCAAAACGGAGAACUUCAGCUGAGGAGGAUAGUAGAAGCACAGAUCACGAGGACAACUCCGAGAGCAGUGGGAGUAAAUAGUAGAGACGCUACGAUUUUGGAGCUGAUACUAGCUUAUACUAGCUAAAUUUAGCUAUAGCAUACAAAUGACGUUGACCCGUAAAGAAGGAAAAAUUAACCCGAGAAGCCAAACAGCUUGCUUAACUUUAACUAUUUCACCCUUAUUCUGGGAAUUUAUUACUAUGGUGGAUGCUUGUGCACAGGACUGCUGCAAACGAACACCUGGUUUAAGGUUGGAUCACGGUGAUCCUGAUAUGACCAGAUAGGGAUUUCCAAAUCUUGAGUCCCAGCCCCUGGAUCAGAACAGAAAAAGAAAACAUGACGGAGCACUUCACGAAAGGAGCAAGUGGUAGCACAGCUUUUGCGUUAAAAUCUCAUCACGCUGUCCACAGAUGACAGGAGGUAUUCUUCGUUAAUCCCCCUCCAUUAUGCGUCCAUGUGGAAUCUGAGGCCUGCUUCUUCCAUACAGAAAUAAUAUUUCCAAUGUCCAUGACCCAUGGGUGUAAUUGGCUUCCUGACUGCAGCUCUGGACCCAUCAGGAGUUCUACAGAAGAAGUCGGAUGAGACCACAGAGUCCUACCUGAGAAUGCUACCUAUUCCACCACCUCACCAUGUCACCUUAGGAAAUCAGUUAACCUGCCCCCUUCCACAAAUCCUCUUUUUGCCUUUGUUAUAUCCCAUAACCCACUGAAUUUGUGAUCCCUCUCUACACUCAGCUGAAGUCCCAGUGAUAUGACUAAAAGAGCCUUUAUUUUGGACAUGUUGUUUUUUCCUCUCAAUGCUGCCAGCCACCAAGGCUAUGGUGGGAAACGUCAUUAUACUUCUCAGCAGAUUGCUAAUCACUGUCUGGUGUGGCUCUUGGGACUAGUGCUACACCUGACCCUUUCCUCAUGUCAACGGGUUGACCUAAAACACCCCAUAGUGUCCACAGCCUAUGGGAAGAUACGUGGUAUCAGGAAGGAGCUCAACAAUGAGAUCUUGGGCCCCGUGGAACAGUACUUAGGUGUGCCAUACGCCACUGCACCUAUCGGUGAGCGCCGCUUCCAGCCUCCUGAAGCUCCAGGCUCCUGGCAGGAGAUUCGCAAUGCCACCCAUUUUGCACCCGUGUGUCCCCAGAACGUGCAUGGGGUAUUACCUGAGAUCAUGCUACCAGUGUGGUUCACAGACAACCUGGAUGCUGCAGCAACCUAUGUUCAGAACCAGAGUGAGGACUGCCUUUACCUCAACAUUUAUGUACCCACUGAAGAUGGUCCGCUCACAAAAAAACAUGACGAGUCUACGAUGAACAGACCGAGGGAUGAAGAUAUUCGGGAUCGUCGUAAGAAGCCAGUGAUGCUGUUCAUCCACGGCGGCUCCUACAUGGAGGGCUCAGGAAACAUGUUUGAUGGCAGCGUCCUUGCCGCAUAUGGAAAUGUCAUUGUGGUCACCAUGAACUAUCGGCUCGGUGUGCUUGGGUUUCUGAGCACAGGGAACCAGUCUGCUAAGGGGAACUAUGGCUUGUUGGACCAGAUCCAGGCCCUGCGCUGGCUCAAUGAAAACAUUGGCCACUUUGGAGGAGACCCAGAGAGAAUCACCAUCUUUGGCUCGGGAGCUGGUGCCGCCUGUGUGAACCUUCUCAUCCUCUCCCACCACUCCGAGGGCUUGUUCCAGCGGGCUAUCGCUCAGAGUGGAUCAGCCAUCUCCAGCUGGUCAGUCAACUACCGACCGGUGAUGUAUACCAAGAUCCUGGCGAGGAAGGUCGGUUGCACUCUGGGGGACAUGACUGAUUUGGUGGACUGCCUGAGGAGGAAGAGUUUCCGGGAGUUGGUGGACCAAGACAUCCAGCCUGCACGCUACCACAUUGCCUUUGGACCUGUGGUAGACGGGGACGUGGUGCCGGACGACCCUGAGAUUCUUAUGCAGCAGGGCGAAUUCCUGAACUAUGACAUAUUGUUGGGGGUCAACCAGGGAGAGGGCCUGAAAUUUGUGGAUGACAGUGAAGGCGAAGACGGAAUAUCAGCAGCGUCAUUUGACUACACCAUCUCCAACUUUGUGGACAAUCUAUAUGGAUACCCUGAUGGUAAAGAUAUCCUGAGAGAAACUAUAAAGUUCAUGUACACAGACUGGGCUGACAGGGACAACAGUGACAUGCGUAGGAAGACCCUCCUGGCUCUGUUCACAGACCAUCAGUGGGUGGCCCCGGCUGUCGCCACUGCCAAACUGCAUGCUGAGUUCCAGUCGCCUGUCUACUUCUAUACCUUCCAUCACCACUGUCAGACCGAGGCACGGCCAGAAUGGGCGGAUGCAGCUCAUGGAGAUGAGAUCCCCUAUGUGUUUGGGAUUCCGAUGGUGGGAGCCACUGACCUGUUUCCCUGUAACUUCUCCAAGAACGAUGUAAUGCUUAGCGCAGUGGUCAUGACGUACUGGACCAACUUUGCCAAGACAGGGGAUCCUAACCUACCAGUUCCUCAGGACACCACGUUCAUCCACACCAAGCCGAACCGCUUUGAGGAGGUCAUCUGGACCAAGUUCAGCUCCAAAGACAAGCAGUACUUGCAUAUUGGCCUCAAGCCUCGGGUCAGAGACAACUACCGAGCCAACAAGGUGGCCUUCUGGCUGGAGCUGGUGCCACAUCUCCACAGCCUCCACAAGCAAAGCAUUACUAUCACAACUCGACUGCCGCCCAGAGGCAGCGACCGCUGGAAGGGUCCUCACGGCACUGGCACCCGCUCCACACGACAUCCUGUAAUCUCCACCUAUCCGCCUGAUCCUGAGCCUGAUGGUUCAGAGAGACCCCGCUAUUCUCCCUUCCCCAGCGAGACGAGGGACUACUCCACCGAGCUGAGUGUAACAGUAGCUGUGGGCGCUUCACUUCUUUUCCUGAAUGUGCUGGCCUUUGCCGCGCUUUACUACAAACGGGACAAGCGCCAUGAACUCAUGCAGAGACGCCACCGCCGACUGUCCCCGCAGCGUGGCACGACGAUGGGCAUGGGUGUUGGCAUGGGAGUAGUUGGGGCCCCACCGCACAAUGACCUGGCGCUGAGCCAGGAAGAGGAGCUAAUGUCGCUGCAGAUGAAGCAGCAACGAGUGGAGCUGGAGCACGGCACACCCCUCCCUUCCCGCGGCGUCCACGGUGACCUGGAACCCCUGCGGCCUCCCGUGUGCCCACCUGACUACACGCUGGCCCUGCGACGGGCACCGGAGGAUGUGCCACUGAUGACAGCGAAUACCAUCACCAUGAUCCCCAGCACCAUCAGCAGCAUGCAGCCCCUGCACCCCUUCAACACUUAUCCCCCCGUCCCAGCCCCUUCCACUACACCCGUCCCUAGCCACAGCAACAAUGCCCUGCCACACCAACACUCCACCACUCGUGUAUAGGACCAGGCACAACCUCUGCUACCCCACUCUGGGCUUACAGAGACGCACCACACAAACUGCUCCAUACAAACUCCACUCUCACCGCCCUCUAUUGCUCUUUACUAUAUCUUUGUCUUUUCUCAUUAAGCCCUCAAAUAAAGCUGCAGUUUGUAAGAUUUUAAGCAGUGAAAUACCUCUAAAUUGUAAUCAUAAAUCAAGGAGGGGUUGAUUAAAAAAGCCCCUUUGCCAAAAGCCUGUCAUCAUAGGUACAUAUUGCUUUGCCCAGUUAAUUAUUUUUCAGUAUUUGGUGCGUAGGUGAGCCACCAAAAAUGCAGCUUUAAGCUUGUAGCUCUCCCUCAAAGAGGUAUGGAGCUAAUCACAAUCAGUCAGGCAUCUUAUGUGUAGCUUGGUUGUUUUGCGCAUGUGUUGUUGUGUCAGUGUAAAACUAUGUUUAACACGGAAUACAAAUAUUCAUUUUCAUUCAUUUAGUGAAUAGAUAAUACAGUAGCGAGUGGCUUUGUAUGAGGCAACAUAUGCCCAAACAAGCUGUCUGUCAUGAAGCGGUGAUUUCUUGAAACUUACAAAUUGCAGCUUUAAAGGCCCAAUCUGGAAGUGAAAUUUGGCACCCUGUGUCGAGCACUAUGUCCCGACAGCUGUCUCUGUUUUCAGAUUUUGGAGACGUUUGUUUAGCGUGAAAUGUGUUGACAGGGCUGAGAGUUACAAACUUCAUUUCCUCAAUUCCCAAAUUUGUAUACCUGUUUUCAGUUAAGAUGCAAUCUAUGUAAAUGCCAUGAUUUUAAAAAUCUUUAUACUCAUAACCGAUGCUUUCAAAACAUUUCCAGAUUGGGGCUUCAACUGUUGGGCGGUACAGGAAAUAACUGAAUCAUACUCAGUCUGUGGGAUGCAACCUGGAAUCCAGGCUGCCCAUUAGAACUCGCUGCAUCUCCGCCACACAGGCUCUAAUCAUGUCCAUUAAUUUAUUUGUUUCUCACUCAUUAUCUCUCUGUCUGUAUCCCCAUCUCAGCCCAUUUAACUGCUUCUCUCUUUUCGCUGCCUCACUCUCUUCUCCCUCUGCAUCUGCCCUCAUACAGUAGCUCUUUUUAUUAAACCAUUGACAUAAUCCAUUUCCAUCCUCACCUCUCUUCCUCUUUCACGCAAUCACUUCUAGACUCUUUUUUCCUUUUGGAGUCUUUUAUACAAAAACACAAAUGUAAAUGAUGUAUUAUUAAUAAAUUGUAAGGAUAUGAAUGAAAAAAAAGAUAUUCUGAUAUCUCGUUUUUACCAGCAUUCUUGGUGCCAAGUACUGUGAUAAAGUUCCUCUUUCACUGGCGUCCAGUGGACGGCCUGAAGAGGUCCAUCCUGACUGUAUCUUACAAAAGAAAUUACCAUCAUAAAAAGUGCCAACCCCCUCAUCUUUCUUUUUGAUCCACACACUUUUUUUUUUUUUUUUAAAUUUCUUAUCACACUCAAUGUUGCACUGUGGCUGGUCUCUUCUUUAAAGGGAAAUCAGAUUCAAUAUAUCCUCGUUUAAAAAAAAAAAAGAAUAUAAAGUUUUAUUAACUACUUUGCUGUCUGGGAUAUUUGCAUGAUGUUUUUCUUUUCUAAAGAGUGUGGACA